AUGGCCACUGGCAUAGAUCUCAUAUUCUCUGCAAUAUGUAACGCAAGCUCUUGUGAAAGUAUUUACGACAACCCAUUUAUUAUAGACCCAGGACUUACGAACCAGCAAAGUGAGAUAUUAAAUUUGGGCAAUAGUUUAACCGGAAAACAUUUAAGAAUUGCAACUUAUAACAAUUAUCCGCUUAGUUGGGUGAAAAAAGAAAGUAAUGGAACUAUCACAGGACACGGUAUUGCGUUUAUCAUUGUGGAAAUUUUGCGGCAGAAAUUCAACUUUACAUUUGAUGUCGUCGUGCCAGAGAAUAACUUUGAAAUCGGUUUCGGGAAGCCUGAGAGUUCUCUAAUCAGUCUUGCAAACAGUAGUAAAGUAGACAUGGUCGCGGCAUUUUUGCCGAAACUGGUAAAGUUUAACAAGAUGGUGACGUUCUCCAACGAUUUGGACGAAGGCGCGUGGAUGAUGAUGCUGAAGCGCCCGAAAGAGUCCGCCGCCGGGUCGGGAGUAAUGGCGCCAUUUGAUGUAUACGUGUGGUGCCUCAUUGUAGUAUCAGUAAUUCUCUACGGGCCAUGUAUAACGUUGCUGACACGUUUGCGCUCUAAGUUAGUGCGUGAUAAGGAGGGACCCAUCGAACUGUCCCCGAGCGUCUGGUUUGUGUACGGUUCCUUCAUCAAGCAAGGAACUGAUUUAGCUCCAGAAGCUAACACAACUCGAGUGCUGUUUGCAACUUGGUGGAUUUUCAUAACUCUGCUCUCUGCGUUCUACACAGCAAAUCUGACUGCUUUCCUCACUCUGUCAAAGUUCACGUUGGAUAUAGAUAGUCCAAAAGAUCUAUUAAAGAAGAACUAUAGAUGGGUUGCAGCGGAAGGAGGAGCCGUGCAAUACACGAUCAGAAACCCUGACGAAGAUCUAUUUUACCUUAACAAAAUGGUCGCAAACGGACGAGCUCAGUUCCAUGCAGUAAAGGACAAUGAAGAUUUCCUUCCCAUCGUGCAACGUGGAGCAGUCUUGGUAAAGGAGCAGACCGCGAUUGACCAUUUGAUGUACGAUGAUUACUUAAGGAAAACAAGGGAAGGCAUCGCCGAAGCAGACAGAUGUAUCUACGUUGCCGCACCUCAAUUCUUUAUGAAGAAGCAAAGGGCAUUCGCAUAUCCCAAGAAUACAACAUUAAACGCUAUAUUUGAUAUCGUCAUAACGAAGCUACUAGAAGGGGGUAUUGUGGACUUCCUGAAACGCCGAGAUCUGCCUUCCACCAAGAUAUGUCCACUGGAUCUUCAAUCUAAAGAUCGCCGGCUUCGCAACAGCGACUUAAUGAUGACAUACGUGAUCAUGGCCAUUGGUUUUGCUGCCGCAAUUGCUUCAUUUAUUGGAGAGAUCUUUAUUAAGCGUUCCACCCGCAUUAAUAUUAACGAGCAAGCUUACACUGAUAAUAAGAAAAGGAAGACAUCAAGGUUUAUUGAAAAUAAUAACGAUAACAGUCGACCGCCUCCUUACGACUCUCUUUUUGGUGGGAAAUCGAGAUACAAAAUAUCUGAUCAAUCGCAAAUAAAAAUAAUUAACGGAAGAGAAUAUCGCGUUGUUAAUACUGUAAAUGGCGAAACCAGGCUUAUACCCGUUCGUACACCAUCUGCUUUUCUUUAUGAAUAA